AUGCUGCUCUACGUGUUUCCUUGUGCUGAUUUCAAAUUUGCUUUCCAAAUCUCUGCGAGACAAUUCUCUGAACGAAGUUAUGACACCUCACAAGGUUGGCGAUUCAUGGACAAAACUUUAGUUUUUCAAAUUUUCACAGAUAGAUCAAUAGCGUUUAAUGCAAUUCAAUAUAUUAUGUACAAAGUGAAUUAUGGUUUUUCUUAUUCUUUUAUAUUUACACACUUUAAGGGGUUGUUUAUAAUGGAAUAUCGUUUGAAAAAGUUUAAACGGGACGUUUUUGUGCUUUCCGGGCACCGUGCUUUAUCCCCUACACUACCGAGACCUCCGUUUGAAACUGCUUACUUCGGUCACAUCUCAUCUUGA